UGUACGAUCUAUUGUCAGGGGACGACGCUGCGCCUCCCUCGACUUCUUCAGUAUAACGACAGACGCGGAGGAGGGGUGUCGAUGCGUCUCUCUCCGGGACCUUUCAGAGCACGGGAGUUUUCUGGUCUCUGGUUUUCGGUUUUCUUUUGUUUGAAGCGAAGAGAGAGACACUAGCGACCACCAUGGCGUGAAGGGAUGGCUAAGCACACAAGCCCAGCCAUUCAGUAAGCCUCUAAGAAAAAAAGGGAAGAGGAGAGAAAAAAUAAGGCUUAGAACUUACCACUUUUUUUUUUUCGGGGCAUUUCGUGUUUUUUUAUUUUUUUAUUUAUUUUCGUGGGACGUUAACCCAAGGACCAAUAGGACUCCACCACUACUACUACUACUACUAUUACUACUACUACUACUACAAAUGGACUCAACAACAAGAUCAACAACAACAACUUAGAAAAACGUGUGGUGUGAGCAGGUGACCCCUUCCCUCCCGGCAUGGACCCCCCCGCCCUGUUGCCCCUGCUGCUGCUGCUGGCGCUCCACUCGGCCACGUCUGACGGAUUCCGAGUUGGCUUCUUGCAAUGGCCGGCGGCGGAGGUAGUGGCGGUACCGGGGACAGAAGUUCGCCUCCCCUGCGCCACCAACGUCACCGCGGAGAAGAUAUCGUGGAAAUACAACAGCCACUUCCUCCACGCCCCCGCCCGAGCCCCGAAGCCCUCCCUCGAAGGCUCUGUAGGGGACGCGCCGGAGGGUUUCGAAGUGGUGGCCAUGGAAGGCGGGGGCAGCGAGUUGGUCAUCCGGCUCGCAGAGAGGGAGGAGGAUUAUAGACACCAGCUGGGGUUGUACCAGUGCGUCGCCUGGUUCGGCCCCAUCGCCCUCACUUCGCUCCCUGGCAAGCUCCGGGCGGCGGUGUUGAAGGGGGAGGAGGUGGCGGAGGGCGAUGUGGAGAUGACGGAGGUGGAGGUGCUGGAAGGGGGAGCGGCCAGGGUGGAGUGUGACGCCCCCUACUCCAUCCCUGACCCCGUGCUGACCUUCUACAGGGAUGGACGCCCGCUCGACCUGACGCGCGGGGCAGCCUACCAGCAGACGCCCCACGGAGACCUGCUGGUGACGGGCGUGGGGGCGUGGGCGGCGGGUCUCUACACCUGCCGCGCCCACAACCCGGUGCUGGGGGGGAGCGUUGCGCCGCCCACCGCCACCCGCCUCAUGGUGUCCCCCAGGAGCCCCCGCACGCCCGUGGCUCCCCCGAAGUUUGUGACCCUGAGGACCGUCUAUUCAGGCCACACGGGAACCAACCUCACCCUGCAGUGCCUGGCCAAUGGGAACCCACAACCCACAGUGAGGUGGACCCGGUACGGCGACGCGCUCCCCGCCAGGGCCUCGCAAGGGGCUGACGGCUCGCUCCUCCUGACGGGCCUGGUGAUUGAGGAUGCCGGGUCGUACUUCUGCUAUGCUCGUGGUGGGGUGGGCCAGGAGAAGAUGAUGCCUGUGUCUGUGGAGGUGGUGGAGCCUCCGAGCAUCACUGUGGCACCUGAGUCCCAGCAGGUGGAGGAGGGCGAGGCGCUCACCCUGCACUGCUCCGCCCAGGGACACCCGCAGCCCAAGGUGAUGUGGGUGUUCAACGGGGAGCUGGUCUUCGAGUACGGGAACAUUGCCAUCACUGACGAAGGCUUGGUGAUACGGGCAGUGCAGAAGGAGCACGCCGGGAUCUUCCAGUGCUUCGCCCACAACCCCGAGGGCACGGCGCAGGGCGUGGCCAUGGUGAACGUGGUGCCCCGGACAGUCACGGCUCUACCCGGCGCCACACACCCCAGGCCAGAUCUCGUCUCGGAUAUCGUUGGCGCCAAGAGAACGAACGGAGAGGAUGGCAACAGCAGCGAUGGUUCAGAAGUCUCAAGAGGAGGAGGAGGAAGAGAUGGAGGAGGAGGUGGAGGAGCACGGAGAGGAAGGAAGGGAAAGAGGAAGAAGGUAGAGGGAGAGGGGAACCUGUCUUCACCGGGUGGGAGUGGCAAGAUGAGGAAGGGAGGCAAGGGCAGCAAAAAGAAAGGUCGUAUGGUGCCGCCCUCCAUGCCCAACAUCACCAAGGUGUCCGACGAAUCCGUGAUGGUGUCCUGGGAGGGUCCACCCGAGUCAGUCACGCUUCCCAUAUCAUUCUAUAAGAUCCAGUACAAGCUUGUGAGGAGUCGCGGGCAGCAGGGGAGCCACUGGAUGACGGCGGAUGAGAUCAUUCCUCCGCACGUCACCUCCUAUGAAGUGACUGGCCUGGAGACGGGACGGGUGUACAGGUUCCGCAUCGCCGCUGUCUACGCCAACAACGACAACCAGCUUGGCCCCACCUCCCGCCGCUUCCUGCUGGAGAGGGACACCAACACCCAGCGGCCCGCCCACCCGCCCGCCAUCACCGCCCUCACACCCACCACACCCACAACCGUCCGCCUGGCCUGGCACUACACCCCCGCCCCCGGCACGCCCAUUGAGGGGUUCUUCAUACACUAUCGCGAGGCCACAGUGGCAGGGGACUACACUAAGGUCACCGUGCUGGACCCCGACAAGAGGGAGUACACUGUGUCGCACCUGAAGGCAAACGUUUCCUACGACUUCAAGAUGCAGUGUUUCAACAUGGCCGGCCCCUCAGACUUCUCCCAAGUGGCCAAGAAAAGCGUGCCUGGUCGGUCUGCCAGCACCAUACAGGGGACGGAGGAGGGCGAGGCGGAGAGGCGGGAGGUGGUGCCGGUGGUGCGGGAGGGGGAGCCGGGGGGACUGUCCAGCACGCAUCUCUACAUCAUCCUCGGGGCAGCGCUGGGCCUCCUCCUCCUCAUCGUCAUCAUCUCCGCCUCCGUCUACACCUGCCGGAACAAGCACGCUGAUGACGAUACCAGGUCAGUGAAGUACGAGGACACCUCCCUGCACAUCCACCGGGAGACCUCCACCUACUCCCUGCCCCAGACCCCCCGCACCAAGGCCUCCAACGGCUACCUGCCCCACCAGAGCCUCACCAUCACCGCGGCCGACGAUGAGAAGGCGGUAAUGGAAAGCUCCGUCACCGAGAACAACAACCACAGCACGAGGCAGGUGGUCGACCGCUGCUUCACCUCGCCCGCCCGACGCAUCGCCUCCCAAGACCCGUGCGUCGACAUAGGGGUGAAGACGCUUGCCCUCGUCAAGGCAACACACGACACGGGGCCGCCCACGCAGACACAACCACCGUCGCCGUCAGCACCGCCAAAAAGUGACCUUGAUUCAUCGCCUAAGGUUAAGGAGUACGCCUAUCAUUCCUGAGGUGUGUGUUUGUGUGCGAGUCCAAUGAUCUUGCUGUGACUUUUGUACCUGUGAUUGUGAGGGUGUAGGUGCAGGUUUCCGAGUGUAUCAAUAGUGCGUGGGUGUAGGGUAUGUUUGUUGGUUUCUAGCAUCGUCAAUCAGUAUGUACAUCAGGAAAAGGAAAAUGCAGCUUCGGAAAAUUUAGCCGAGAUGUAAAAACGGAAAUAUUAUGAAAUUACGUAAAGACUUAUGCACUGCCAAUCAAUACUAACUUCAGGAAAAACAAAAAAAGAAAUGGAAAAUUGAGUGAGGUAUUAAAACGUAAAUAUAAUGAAAGUAUUAAAGAUAUAUGCACCAUCAAUUAGUACAUACAUCGGAAAAAAAGAAAAAUACAUGCUUUGAGAAAUUGAGCUGAGAUAUAAAAACUGAAAAUAUUAAGAAAGAAAAGACUGAUUAACAUUUUUUUUAUCAGUAUCUAUUUUCCAUUUCUCAACCUCCUCAUUUUCCUGAGUAGACUUUGUUUCCUGAUAUGAAGACUAACUGAACUGAUUCAUAUGAAGGGACAAAUAUAUCCUGGUGAUGUUUAUUAAUGCUGUAUGUGUGUAUGUAUGUAUGUGGUGAUGUAUAUAUAUAGUAGAGUAAGAUUGUAGAUAGUAUUGUAGUGGGGAAACAGAGAUUAUUGUACGUAAGUGUGGCAGGGAGAAUAGGGAGAGAGAGAGAUGGAUUCGCACCUCUCGCCGUGAAACAUAAAUCUUGUGUGUGUGUGAUGGCGAAAGAGAGGAGUGUACCGUCUCACCAUAUCUCGUGUGCUGUGGUGAGAAGUAACCGCACCCCAUCACAAUACUGUAUGGUGAGUGCAGUGACACGUCUGACGAGGAGAAUCAAACACCAUGGUAAUGAAAUACUAUAAGCUAAAAAGACUACAUAUCCGGAGUGCAGUUAUGUCUCAAACCUGACCAGAAGAAUGAAACAGUGUGGUAAUGAGAUAAUAUAAGAUGAAAAAGACUACAUUUCCAGAGUGCAGUGACACUGGUCGUAAGAGGAGAAUCAAACAGUGUGGUAAUGAAGUACAAUAAGCUAAGAAGACUACAUUUCCAGCCCUGUGAAUCAGUAUUUGGGUGUUGCAUUUACGACGAGCGUGCGAAUUGAACAAAUAAAAAAAAGGCUAAAUUUCCGGAGUGCAGUUACAUCUUAGUCUUACAAGGAGAGUCAAACAGUGUGGUAAUGAAGUACGCUAAGCUAAGAAGACUACAUUUCCAGCCCCGUGAAGCAGAAUUUGGGUGUUGCAUUUACAACGAGCGUGCAAGUGACUCAUACACACAUACAUACACAAGAAAAUAUCAAUAAGUAACCAUACACAUACGUAAAGCAUUUAAUAUAUACAUAGAGCAUACAAAUUGCCGCACUCAGGAUUCCAACAAUGUAAAAAGUAAUUCAAAGCAAAACGAAACAAAAAUGACCAGAAAAUUGCGAGAAAAAGAGAAAAUAUACAACUUUUAUACUCGUGAGAUUCUUUGACUUCGUUUUUUGUGAUUUGUGAUGCGAUGUUCUAUGCUUACAUCCAUGCUGACCAAUAUUAGGGGUGAACGCAGCAUAACACAGCACAGGACAGCAUAACACACAGAUGAUGCAUGAACUGUUUAGAGACCCCAAGCCGCAGUGCAGUCACGCGAAUACCUGACUGGUUGACCAAAUGUGAUAUUACGCUUAAGUUUUUGUACGAAGAAACUGUUGUGUCCCGUUAGCUUAAGACAUGGUAGGAGGAGGAGGAGGAGGAAGAGGAGAAGAAGAAGAAGAAGAAGAAGUUGCAGGAGGAGUAGAAGGAGGAGGAAAAGGAGAAGAAGAAGAAGAAGAAGAAGAAGAAGAGGAAGAUGAAGGUGCAGGAGGAGGAGAAGAAGAUGCAGGAGAAGUAGGUGAAGAAGAAGGAGGAGGAGGAGACAAAACAGGAGCAGUAUGAGAGUAAACCAAGUGUGCGUGUGUAUGUGUGCGUGUGUGAGAUUCAGUGAUAAGACCUGAAGACCCACUCCGACAAGGUAGUACUAAGCAUAAACCCAUUGGUGGGGCCCAGGAUACAGCCCACCAAGCCAUAGAAAGUGGGUCCUCAAGUUACAACGGUCAAUAUUCUAAAACGCUUCCGCCUCUCAUAUCAGCUAUUUCCAAAGGCCGAGAAGGAGAUUAAUUGGGUUCUCAUGAGUGGUUUUCUAGGCUCAUGGUACAGAAGAAUGCCCAGACUACCACCAGGGUCAUGAAACUACCCCUGGAAAUGUCUGAAACUCCUAUGAAAGCCUUGGUAAAUAUAUGUGUGGUUGGGUGUGGAUGUGUUUCAGAAUAUGACCCUGGAAUUCACUGAAGAUGGUAUUAGCUUCACGCCCAUUAAGACGGUGAAGAGUGGGUUGUAUGCGGUGGAGUCUCGUUGUACUUUAGCGUUAAUGGUUAGUCCUUGAUUUGUAUCCCUAUGAGCUAAGUGGGUAUGAUGAGUAUAAUAAAUAUUUCACUUAUUUUAAAGGAGGCUUCUUCCCUUCUGCCUACGUUCAUUUUAAGAUUCAGCUCUGAUAAGGUGAGGCCAUCUGUGAUAUGUCUUAGAUUGGUAGUUAAACAUCAAGGUACUUGUUUUGGGUUAAUUUGUAGUGCCGCGGCGACUAGCCUGAUGGGCGAGCCUCCCAUAACUCCCUCUGCCAGGGAUUUACCUCUUUGGCCGACUGGUUAAGGAGUGGCUCUCCCGUCUUGCUGGUCGCGGGUUCGAUCCCCGGCGCCGGCAAAACCUUUCCUUGUCUGGAUUAAUUUCUCAUGUGUUUCGUUACACGCAGUGGACGUAAGGGAGUGUAGUAAAGAGAAAAUUCUGGCACUACAAAUUAAAUGGAACAAAAAGAAAAAAAUGUGAUCAGGAGGAUGAAUAGAUAUGUUAAAAGGACAGUGUGAUCAGAAAUAUGAAUAGCUAUGAGAAACAAAAGUUGUAAAUGAGCCUGUAAAAUUCUGCCAACUAGAAUACGUUUUAGAAAUUACUGCUUAGAUAAUUGUAAACUUUUCUUCUGUUUAAUGCAAAGGUUAUUAAAGUAAGGCAAACUGUAACUACAAGAAUGAAUGUAUAUGAAAGAAG